CCCAGCCCCACCUCCUGUCGUCCGCACUCCCCGGCCUGAAAGGGACACGGUGUCCGAGUCUUUAGAUCUGCGCGGGAGCCGAGGCUGCGCACCUGGGGCACAUGAAUGGAUUACAUGCUCCUUGAUUACAGCGGGGUUGUGUCGCAGUAAAACCAUUAUCAAGUCGAACCAUCUCAUGUCAGGGACCAUCUCUGUAAGAACUGUGAGGUAGACCAGGUCUCUCAUGACCCCAUUGCUCUUUCCUCCUCCCCAGCUGAACCUCCACAGUUCUCUACACUCUUCCAGGAGCAGCAGAAAAUGAACAUGUCUCAGGACGUGACUGUGGAAUUCACCCAGGAGGAGUGGCAGCACCUGGGCCCUGUCGAGAGGACCCUGUACAGAGAUGUGAUGCUGGAGAACUACAGCCACCUCGUCUCAGUGGGAUAUUGCAUUACGAAACCCAAGGUGAUCUCCAAGUUGGAGCAAGGAGCGGAGCCAUGGUCCUUAGAUGAUGAAUUCCUGAACCAGAGGUACCCAGGUUUCUGCAUGGACAAUUGUUUUUAUUUAUCUUGUGUAUAUUCCUAGGAGUGAAACUGCUGGGUCAUAUGGUAUCUGUGUCUUUAUCUGUCUGAGGAACCACCAGACUGUUUGUCUAAAUGCAGCAUUUUUCCAUUCCUAACAACAGCAUAUGGGGGUUUUGAUUUCUCCACAUCCUCACCAAUACUUGUUAUUAUUUGACUUUUUUAUUCUAGCCACCCCAGUGGAUGUGAAGUGAUAUCUCACUGUGGUUUUGAUGUACAUUCCUGUAUUAGUCAGCUAGGGCUAUCAUAAUAAAAUACCAUAGGCUGGGUAGCUUAAACAACAGAAAUUCUCAUGAUUCUGGAGGCUGGGAGUCCAAGAUGAAAGUACUAAUAAGUCGGUUUCUGGUGAAGCGUCUCUUCCUGGCUUGAAGACAGCCACUUUCUUGCUGUGUGUUCAUGUGGCCUUUCCUCUGUGCACAUGCAGUGGGAGAGAGAGAAUACUCUGGUGUCUUUUCCUCUUCUUAUAAAGAUAUCGGUACUACUGGAUUAGGGUCCUUCCCUGUGACCUCAUUUUUACCCUUUUUGCCUCCUUGAAGGCCUUGUCUGCAAAUACAGUUACACUGGGGGUUAGGGCUUCAAGAUAAGAAUUUGGGAAGGACACAAAUAAGUCCUUAACAAUUUCCCUGGUCACUAAUGAUAUCAGACAUCUUUUUAUACGCCUAUUAGCCUUUGUACGAAUAAAUGAUUCCAGAAAUCUUAAAAAGUUAUAGUUUUCAAUGUCAUUUUUAGAAUAAAAAAGUAAAACCAUCUUAUUAGAAGUGAAGCACAAUUAAGGUUUUUGUUUGAAGCCAUACCAACAAAUAGCAUCACAUAAAGAUUGACAUAAUUUAGAUCAAGGAUGUUGCUGAGUCACUAAAUGUAAAUUACUGGAUCAUAUUGAUUGUCUAAAAAGGAUAUCCCUAAAUAAGUAACAUAGAUCAUUAUAAAAGAUCAGUAAAGUUGGGCAGGGCAUGGUGGCUCACGCCUGUAAUCCCAGCACUUUGGGAGGCCAAGGCGGACGGAUCACGAGGUCAGGAGAUCGAGACCAUCCUGGCUAACACGGUGAAACCCCGUCUCUACUAAAAAUACAAACAAUUAGCUGGGUGCGGUGGCAGGCACCUGUAGUCGCAGCUACUCGGGAGGCUGAGGCAGGAGAAUGGCGUGAACCCGGGAGGCAGAUCUUGCAGUGAGCUGAGAUAGCGCCACUGCACUCCAGCCUGGGCGAAAGAGCGAGACUCCAUCUCAAAAAAAAAAAAAAAAAAAAAGAUCAGUAAAGUAGUUGAGUCAAUAAAGAUAAAAUAAUGUAGGUUUCGUGUUCUAUAUCAUGCAGAUUUGAAUUCAGGCAAGAAAUUCAUUAAAGUAGGAAAAGCUCUCAUUCAAGAGCACAGGGAAAUGAAAACCUUUAAGGAUUUGAAUGACUGCACCAAAUAAUAUAAUAUCAAUGUUUCCAAAACAUAAAAUAAUGGAGUUCUAAGAACUUAAAACUCACUAGAAUUAUGACAUCAUAAUAUGUCUCAUCUGAUUAAACAGUAGGUACAAUGGACAUUAAAUAAAUAUGCCGAGAGAGGGUAUAAAUUACAUUUGUAUUAAAGUGAACCAUACAUUUGUGUAUAUGUAUGCUAAUGCAAAAAACAAAACUUUCAUGUUUUAAUGGAAUAAUGAUAAAAUAGAGUAUACUAUUAGUCUAAAGAGAAAACCUCAAUAAAUCCAACAAAUUAGAAUAAACACAAACAGUAUUCUCUGAAACUAGUUUGGUAAAUCUAGAAAUUAAUAACAAAAUGAAAAAAAUCCACUUGAAAAAAUUCUAAAGUAUCCCUUUUAAACAAUAUACAAAAUAGUAUAAUGCAAUUUUGGAUUUGAUUUCCGUAAUGAAAUAAUUGUAACUGCAAUUUAGAAACCAUCAGAUAUAGCUAAAGUAGUGGACAGAAGGAAUUUCGUAGUCUCAUUAAUAAAUUAAGCAAGAACAGCAUCAAAAAUACAAUAGUACAAACAGAAGAAUUUAAAAGUAAAAUUAGAAAUUAAUAAAAUGGAAAACAAAUGGAAUGUUUCUUACAAGAAAAAUAAAAUGAAUUAAACUUCAGCUAACCCUAUCAAAGAUAAAAGAGAGGAAACACCUAUAUAAUAAUUUCAAGUCAAGAUACAUUUGUAAAGAGGUAACGCUAUACCAAACACAAUCUCAUUCAUAAAAACAAGUGAUACAGGAGGAUUUGCUGCUCUACCAGAUAUUGAGGCUUUACGUAAAGUGCUGUGUAGCUAAGUAGCAUGGAGCUGGGGGGUGGGAUGAUUUAGUAAAUUAGUGAAACAGAGUAGAAAGUUCAAGAAAAAAACAUGAAGCCAGGAGUGGUGGUUCAUGCCUGUAAUCCUAUCACUUUGGGAGGCCAAGGCAGGUGGAUCACAAGGUCAGGAGAUGGAGACCCAUCUCUACUGAAAAUACAAAAAAAUCAGCCAGGCGUGGUGGUAGGUGCCUGUAGUCCCAGCUACUUGGGAGGCUGAGGCAGGAGAAUGACGUGAACCCGGGAGGCAGAGCUUGCAGUGAGCCGAGAUUGCACCACUGCACUCCAGCCUGGGCGACAGAGCAAGACCCCGUCUAAAAAAAAGAAAAAAGAAAAAACUUAUACUUGAUAGACAUCUUAGAUAGAUGACACUGGAGAACAAUGAGGAAAGGAUCUUGAGGUAUCCAUGUAGAUCAAAACAAAACAAAAAGUCAAAUUCAGUUGGCUUAAGACCUAAUUAUCAAAGCAAAAGUAGAAAUAUUCUAGAAGAUCAUAUAGAAUAGGUUAAUGACUGUUCUUAGGGAAGGAUUUAAUAAAAUACAGAAUGCAUUACCCAGGGGAAGGAUGGAGUAAAUGUAUUCCUUUCUACUCUACCCACUAUGUGCAGCUAAAUAUCUGCAUAUAAAGGCAUGCCUCAGAGAUACUGCAGUUUCUGUUCCAGACCACUACAAUGAAGCAAAUUUCACAAUAAAGCAAGUUACACCCAAUGUUUGUUUCCUAGGGCUUACAAAAGUUAUGUUUACACUACAGUCUUUUAGAUGUGCAAUAACAUGUCUAAAAAACAAGUAUGCAUGCCUUAAUUAAAAUAUUUGUUUGCUAAAAACUGCUGAGUCAUACACAAAAUGAGCACUUGCUAUUGGAAAAAUGGCGCCAACAGACUUGCCCAACUCAGGGUUGCCACAAACCUUCAGUUUGUAAAAAAAUGCAAUAUCUAGCCAGGCACAGUGGUUCACACUUGUCAUCUCAGAACUUUGGGAGGCCGAGACAGGCAGAUCACUUGAGGCCAGGAGUUUGAGACCAGCCUAGCCAACAUGGCAAACCCUGCCUCCACUAAAAAUACAAAAAUAUUAGCCAAUCAUGGUGACUUGUGCCUGUAAUCCCCACUGCUUGGGAGGCUGAGGCACGAAAAUUGCUUGAACCUGGGAGGUGGAGGUUAUGGUGAGCCAAGAUCACACUACUGAAGGAUGGAAAGAAGAAUGAAGAUGCACUAGGGGUCUUGGCACCUGACAAAAUACAAGGUGGUUAGUGUCAUCAGAGUCCUUGUGGGGCUCCUGAUCUUUCACCCAUGCCCAGGGUUAAUGUAGAAGCCUCAGCUGGGCACGAUGGCGCACACCUGUAAUCCCAGCAUUUUGGGAGGCCGAGGUGGGCGGAUCACCUGAGUUCAGGAAUUCGAGACCAGCCUGACCAACGUUGCAAAACCCCGUCUCUACUAAAAGUACAAAAAUUAGCCAGGCGUGGUGGCGGGUGCCUGUAAUCCCAGCUACUCAGGAGGCUGAGGCAGGAGAAUCGCUUGAACCCGGGAGGCAGAGGUUGCAGUGAGCCGAGAUUGUGCCACUCCAUUCCAGCCUGGGUGACGAGAGAGACUGUCUCAAAAAGAAGGAAAAAAAAAAAAGUAGAAGCCUCCUCUUCCACCCCCAGGGCAUCAGAUCAGUGGGGAGCUGGACUUCCAUCCCCACGUAGCAGGCUGCACCUCACUCCCACUAGUGUAACUUCAGAGGAGGCUCACUAAAACUGAAUAUUAAUUUUGAUAAAGUCCAACUUACUAAUUUUCUUUUACAGAACCUGCUUUUGUUGUUCUAUCUAGAAACUUUGAAACUCAAAGUAACAGAUUUAGGAAUCCUAUUUUCUUCUAGAAGUUUUACAGCUUCAGUUUUUACACUUAGUUGAUAAUCCAUUUUGUGUUAAAUUCUAUAGAAAGUUUGAGUUAUGUGUCAAGCUUAAUGUUUUUGGAACAGGGAGUCCAGUUAUUCCAGCAUCACUUUUUGAAAAUACUGUUACUUCUCCACUGAAUAGCAUUGCCACCUUUCUUAGAAAACAGAUGGCUGUACAUUCGUGGGUCUAUUUUUGUAGUUUCUAUUCCUUUUCAUUCAUCUACAUGUCUUUCCUUAUGCCGAUACCACAUUAACUUGAUUACUCUAGCUUAUUAAGUUUUGAAGUCAAGUACUUCUCCAGUUUUCAUCUUCUGUAUAAAUUUUUAAAUGAGGCUCAUAAUCUUUACAAAGGAAACAUGUUGGCAUUUAAACUGGAGUGGCAUUGAAUCUGUAGCGCUUAGGAGAAUUGACAUCUUAACAAUAUACAGUCUUCCAAUCCAUACACAAAAUAUCCCUACUGAUUUAUUCACUAUUUCUUUGAUUUCUUUCAUCAAUGUAUUUUAGUUUUUAAAACAUAGAUAACAAGGCUUUUUUAAUUUUUGUUUUUAAUUUCGUUUUGGUACUGUGAUAAAUAUUGUUUCUGUGAUUUAAAAUUCCAAUUCUUCAUUGUGUGUUUAUAGGCAUAGAUUUGUAUAUUGGCCUUAGAUUCUGCCCUUGCUAAAAACACUUAUUAGUUCAAGGAACUUUUUUGAUUUUAAAUUAUUUUCUGUGUAAAUUUACUUUGUAUCUUUGUCUUUUUAUUCUUGCCUUUUUGCACUGGCUGGUCCUUCCAGUGCAAUCUUGUGUGAAGGUACUGGUAGUGGGCAUCUUUGUCUUUUUCCUGAUCUUAGAGGGAACACAUUCAGUCUCUCUUGAGUAUAAUGUUAGUUAUAGGCUGUUUAUAGAUUACUUUUAUUAAAUUAAUGAAUGGAUUUUGAAUUUUGUUAAAAUUUUUGGCAUUGAUGUAUUGUGUGAUUUUAGUUCUUCAGACUACUGAUAGGAGAUUACAUUGACCUAAAAUGCAGCAUAAAAACUGUAGUUUUCAUAGUAUUGCAGUGUAGUGACUGUUUGGCAUUUUUGAGGUAAAUUUCACUGAUAUAUUAUCUAUGUUUAUAUAUUUUGGUGUACUUUUUGGGACAUUUUUGCAUUUAUGUUAUGGGAGAUAUUGGUCUGAAAGUUUCUUUUCUUGAAUAGUAUUUGCCUAAUCUUGCUAUGAGGAUGAGGCAGGCCUUAUAAAAUGAUUUGGGAAAUAUUCCAUCUUUUUUAUUUUCUAGAAGACAUUGUGUAGGAUUGGUAUUAUUUCUUCCUUGGAUGUUUGGUAAAAUUCACUAUUAAAACCAUUUGGUCCAGAAGUUGUUAUUUGGAACUGCACACACACACACACACACACAGACACAGACACACACACACACACAUAGAGAUAGAUUUCAUUACAUUCUUAAACCUUAUUUGCAUAUGCAAACAUAGUUAAAAUUUGAGUAAAUUAGACAUUCAGUUAACAUAUCCUCCAUCAUAAUGAAGUAAGUUAAUAUGUUAUGUUGUCAUAGAUAUCCUUUUUACUAACAGCACCUUUAGAAAAAAAUGUCUUUUAGAUUAUUCUGCCAUUAUGUUUUAACAUUUGACAUAGAAUAUAUUCUCUGUGAUUACAAUACACAUUCACCUGCCCCUUCUUUCCACUUAGAUUGUCCAAAUAAAGUUAGUUUGCUUUUAUAGUUAAAAAAAAGAAAGAUUAGGAUGCUCUUACAAAACGACAUCAGAGCUAGCUACUUCACUUUUCACCAUGUAAGGAUAUAACAAGAAGUGAGUAGUCUGUAACCCAGAAGAGGUCUUCACAAGAACACAGUCAUGUUGGCACCCUAAUCUCAGACUUCCAGUCUCCUGCACUGGGAAAAACAAAUGUUUAUUCUUUAAGCCAUUUAGUCUAUGGUAAUUUGUUGUAGUAGCCCGAACUAAGACAGAGUUAUUGUUAGUGUUGUUUUAUUAUCUCAUGAAUGUCUGUUAGUAGUUAGUCCUCUCUUGAAUUUUUGGUAUUGAUAAUUUGUGUCUUCUCUUUUUUUCUCUCUGAUGGUUUUUAUCAUUAAAAAAACUUUUUAAAAAAUUAAGCUUUUGGUUUGACUUUUUUGUCAUUCUACUUUCUUUCAAUUUAAUGUCCUGUCUUUAUCUAGUUUCCUAAGGGGGAAACAAGCAUCUGACUGGAGAUCUUUCUUUUCAAAUACAAUUUUUUUUUUUUAAAGACAGAGUCUCACUCUGUCACCCAGGCUGGAGUGCCAUGGCGCAGUCUCAGCUCACUGCAACCUCCACCGCCCGAGUUCAAGCAAUUAUCCUGCCCCAGCCUCCUGAGUAGCUGGGAUUAACAGGUGUGCACCACCAUGCUCGGCUAACUUUUGUGUUUUUAGUAGAGAAGGGGUUUCACCAUGUUGGUCAGGCUGGUCUCAAACUCCUGACCUUGUGAACCACACGCCUCAGCCUCUCAAAGUGUAAUCUCAAAGAUUACAGGCGUGAGCCACCGCGCCUGGCCAAAAAAAUUUAAGCCCCAAAUUUAUCUCUGUGUACUGCCUUAGCUGCAUCCACAAAUUUCUGUAUUCUUAUGUUGUUUUGUUUACAUUCAUUUCAAAAUAAUCUCAUUUGAGAAUUCUUCUUUCACUCAUGGGUUAAUUAGGAAUGUAUAACUUACAGUUCUUUUGUAUUUCUCCAGAUAAAUUUGUGUUUACUGAUUUCUGGUAUAAUUUCUCUGUGGUCCAAGAUCAUCCUCUGUAUAAUUUAUUUCUUCUAUAUUUGUGAAGGUUUGUCUUACAGUCUAGAAUAUAGUCUGUUUUGAUGAUUGUUCCAUGUGCAUUUGAGAAGAAUGUGAAUUCAGCUGUUGAAUGCAUUGUGUCUUCAGGUUUGAAGCCAUGGUUAUCGCAAGUGCUACUUUAUCUUAUCUCUUCUGCGAUAUUUUAAAGUUGAUCACAUCAAAGGGAUCCGGGAAAAACAAGAAAAACCUCUGUGGCAAGAAAUAUUCAUCAAUGACGCUAACAAAACAUUGAGUAAGGAAGGACAGAAAGUUUUAGAAAAACCAUUUAAUCUGGAAAUAGCUCCAGAGUUUUCAGAAAAAAUACUCUGUAAAUGUGACUCACAUAGAAUGAAUUUGCCAAUUGCUUCUGAAUUAAUUAUAAGUGAAACAAAAUAUUCAAGAAAGAAGACUGAAUACAUGAAUGUGUGUGAGAAAUUGCAGCUUGAUAUUAAGCAUGAGAAAGCUCAUGCUGGAGAGAAAUCUUACGAACAUGGUGAAAAUGCGAAAGCUUUCAGUUGUAAGAAAGAUCAGCAUUGGAAAUUUCAAACUUUGGAGGAAUCUUUUGGAUGUGAUGGAUGUGGACAAGGUUUACGUGAUAAGACAAUUUGUAUUACACCUGAGAGUUUUCUAACAGGAGAAAAGUCCUGUAAGGAUGAUGAAUUUAGAAAAAACUUUGAUAAAACCACUUUAUUCAACCACACGAGAACUGACACAAGGGGGAAAUGCUCUGAUCUUAAUGAAUAUGGGACAUCCUGUGACAAAACCACUGCCAUUGAAUACAAUAAAGUUCACAUGGCUAUGACACACUAUGAGUGUAAUGAAAGGGGGAUUAAUUUCAGUAGGAAGUCACCCCUCACUCAAUCUCAGAGAACUAUUACAGGAUGGAGUGCUUUUGAAAGCAAUAAAUGUGAAGAAAAUUUUAGCCAGAGCUCAGCCCAUAUAGUACAUCAGAAAACACAAACUGGAGAUAAAUUUGGUGAACAUAAUGAAUGUACAAAUGCCCUCUACCAGAAAUUAGACUUUACAGCACAUCAGAGAAUUCACACAGAAGAUAAAUUCUACCUUUCUGAUGAGCAGGGGAAAUGCAGAAAAUCCUUUUACCGGAAAGCACACCUCAUUCAGCAUCAGAGGCCCCACUCAGGAGAGAAACCUUACCAAUAUGAGGAAUGUGCAAAAUCCUUUUGUGCAAGUUCACAUCCCAUUCAGCAUCCUGGAACUUAUGUGGGAUUCAAACUUUAUGAAUGUAGUGAAUGUGGGAAAGCUUUCUGUCAGAAUUCAAACCUCAGCAAACAUCUGAGAAUUCACACAAAAGAGAAACCUUGUGAUAACAAUGGCUGUGUGAGAUCUUACAAGUCACCCCUCAUAGGACACCAGAAAACAGAUGCAGAGAUGGAACUCUGUGGUGGCAGUGAAUAUGGGAAGACAUCACAUCUCAAAGGACAUCAGAGAAUUCUCGUGGGGGAGAAAUCCUAUGAAUGUAUUGAAUGUGGGAAAACUUUCUCCAAGACAUCACAUCUCAGAGCACAUCAGAGAAUUCACACAGGUGAAAAACCCUAUGAAUGUGUUGAAUGUGAGAAAACUUUCUCUCACAAGACACACCUCAAUGUACAUCAGAGAGUUCACACAGGGGAGAAACCCUAUGAAUGUAAUGACUGUGGGAAAUCUUUUACCUAUAACUCAGCCCUGAGAGCACAUCAAAGAAUUCAUACAGGUGAGAAGCCCUAUGAAUGCAGUCACUGUGAGAAAACUUUUGCCCAUAAUUCAGCCCUCAGAGCACAUCAUAGAAUUCACACAGGGGAGAAACCUUAUGAAUGUAAUGAAUGUGGAAGGUCUUUUGCCCAUAUUUCUGUUCUCAAGGCACAUCAAAGAAUUCACACAGGGGAGAAACCCUAUGAAUGUAGUGAAUGUGGGAGAUCUUUCACCUACAAUUCAGCUCUGAGAGCACAUCAGAGAAUUCACACAGGUAGAAAACCCUAUGAAUGUAGUGACUGUGAGAAAACUUUUGCCCAUAAUUCAGCCCUCAAAAUACAUCAGAGAAUUCACACGGGGGAGAAACCCUAUGAAUGUAAUGAAUGUGAGAAAACGUUUGCCCAUAAUUCAGCCCUUAGAGCACAUCAGAACAUCCACACAGGGGAGAAACUCUAUGAAUGUAGUGAAUGUGGAAAAACUUUUUUCCAGAAGACACGCCUCAGUACACAUCAGAGAAUUCACACAGGGGAGAAACCCUAUGAAUGUAGCAAGUGUGGGAAAACUUUCUCCCAGAAGUCAUACCUCACUGGACAUGAGAGGAUUCACACAGGGGAAAAACCGUAUGAAUGUAACAUAUGUGGGAAAACUUUUGUCUAUAAGGCAGCCCUCAUAGUGCAUCAAAGAAUUCACACAGGGGAGAAACCUUAUGAAUGUAACAAAUGUGGGAAAACUUUCUCCCAAAGAACACACCUCUGUGCACAUCAGAGAAUUCAUACUGGGGAAAAACCUUAUGAGUGUCAUGAAUGUGGGAAAAUGUUUGCUGAUAAUUCAGCCCUCAGGGCACAUCACAGAAUUCACACAGGGGAGAAACCCUAUGAAUGUAAUGAAUGUGGGAAGACUUUCUCCAAGAUGUCACAUCUCAGAGCACAUCUUAGAACUCGCUCAGGGGAGAAACCCUAUGAAUGUAGUGAAUGUGGGAAAACCUUCUCUGAGAAGUCAUAUGUUAGUGCACAUCAGAGAGUUCAUACAGGGGAGAAACCCUACGAAUGUAAUGUAUGUGGGAAGCCAUUUGCCCAUAAUUCAACCCUCAGAGUACAUCAAAGAAUUCACACAGGGGAGAAAUCCUAUGAAUGUAAUGAUUGUGGGAAAACGUUCUCCCAGAAAUCACACCUUAGUGCACACCAGAGAAUUCACACAGGGGAGAAACCCUAUGAGUGUAAUGAAUGCGGGAAAGCUUUUGCCCAAAAUUCAACUCUCAGAGUACACCAGAGAAUUCACACAGGGGAGAAACCCUAUGAAUGUGAUGAAUGUGGGAAAACUUUUGUCCGUAAGGCAGCUCUUAGGGUACAUCACACCCGAAUGCAUACCAGAGAGAAAACCCUAGCAUGUAAUGUAUUUGGGAAGUCCUGAGGGAAUGCAUACCUUACCACGUUUAACACGUAGUGCAGAAACUCAUGUGACGUAGGCUAAGAACUUGUUUCCCUUAUCCAUUUCCUUUUCCAUUAGGCUCAUAGCUUGUCGAAAAAUCCCAAUAUGCCAUUUAUUCAGGUGAGGCUGACCAUGGGAUGUGGUGCUAAUGAUAUAUAUUAGAUUUACUCUUGGCCCUUAAAAAAAAAACCACCUCAAGUCUUCCUGGUUCAUAAGAUGGAUUGGAGGUUAUUUCUGCAGCAAACUUGGGUCCUGUGUGUUGAAAACCAUAGAGCACAAGGUCAAGGAAGCUAGAGUCUGAAAAACGAACAGAAUUCACUUCCAGGUCUUCACUAGGGUUUUGUUUUUGUUGCUUUAAAGCAAGAGUUAAGUUUAUAGUCUGUUAAGCUCUUACAAAUUUGGCUUAUUAGUUAAAUGGACAUAGUUUAGCUUAAACUUUCUGUUAGAGUGAGAUGAAACUCUAUGAGUAUAAUCAGUUUUAGAAAAACUGUAAUCAGUUUAUUGUGCAUUAGAGAUGUCACAUGAAGAAGAAAACUUGUCAACAUCCAGGAUGAUCAGGAGCCUUCAUUAAAACAGAAGUUUUAGGGAAAACCACAAAAGCCUUCAUUAAGUGAAUUGCAUUAAACAUCAAUUAUAAUAAAAUUUCAUAUUUUGAAUAAAUGACAUUUUUCUUAGGUAAUUUUUUCUGAGGAAAUAUGUCAGUUUUAGAAUUGGAGAUAAAAUAUUCACCUAGAACUGAUGUACCAAGCUUUUGUUUUGUAAUAUCAAACAUUUUAUAGAACAUAUAUAAGAAAAUAUUUACCCAUAGAAAAACUCACUGCAGAAUGUGAAGUUAAAAAUGGAAUAAUUUGAAUUCUGUGGCGAAUAUGAAUAAAUGUGAAUAGUCUGA